AUGAACUCUCAAGGACUCUCCCGUUGGUACGACAGCGUGUUCGCCAGGGGACAAGGCGGAUCUGAAGGGGCCCGAGGCGGUUCUAGAGGCGUCCAGAGCGGUUCUGCUGAGCCUCCGACCCAGGCUCACGGUGCGGGCGAGGGUCUGUCCCGUUUGUACGAGAGCGUGUUUGCAGGCAGCCAAGGGGUGAAACAGAACGUAGAAAAGCUUGUCGAUAACGUUUUUGAGAGCGAACGCGUGAAAAAAGUGACGCAGAACGUAGAGAAGUUAGUCGAUAACGUUUUUGAGAGCAAGGGCGUGAAGCAAGUGACACAGAACGUAGAACACCUCGUCGAAACUUUUCGUAACGGGGCUGCCCGGAACAGCAGCAACGCGAAAGAUCUGAAGGAUAUUAGGGAGCUUAAGGAUAUUAAAGAUCUAAUGGGUUGCACGUGGUCGGGUUUGGCGGCGAUAUAUGAUGCUGUGAGUAGCGGCGAGGAGGUGAAGGUGAACGGGCGACGGUUUCGCAUUGUGCAAAAUCUUGGCGAAGGUGGUUACGCUUUCGUUUACCUUGUUCGCGAAACCGGUAGCAGCCGCAGCAGCGCCGGCGAUGGUCCAGAUGCAUCGUCGGAUCCAGCUGCUGACGUGGAGACUAGCGGUGAUGACAAGGCUGCAGAACCCCGAAAUUCAGGGGAAAAUGCAGGAUCAGCGGACGAAUCAGACGUUAAGCCGGCUGUUGCAGCCAAGCCGAAACGGAAAUACGUCUCCCCUGACAACACAUACGCGUUAAAGAAGUUCCUGAUACAGACAAAGGAGCAGCUGCUGCUGGUGAAGGCCGAAAUCGACGUGGCAUCAAAGCUCGACCAUCCCAACCUUCUCCCUCUAGUGGAACACGCCAUAGUGUCAUCCAAGCAGCAGCAGGGCACCAAGGAGGCGUAUCUGGUCUUCCCAGUCUACCGGGACGGCACCAUUCACGACCAUGUCGCGUGGAUGGCUCAACCCAAGGGGUCGCAACCCGGUAGAGGCCACCGCUUCUCACCGCUUCAAGUGCUCACCAUUAUCAGCCAGGUUGCGUCUGGCCUUGCACACAUGCACGCAUGCUCGCCCCCUCUAGCCCACAACGACGUCAAGCCAGGGAACAUCCUCAUAGCCUUUGGGGGAGGGCACGGGGCCACAGGGGGAAUUGCAGGGGGAAUGGGCAGGGGCGAUGGUAUCUGUGUGACCGGUGUAGCAGAAAGGGAUGAUGCUUUUGUAGAGGGUAUAAGCAGUGGUGAUGGUGCUUCUUCUGCUGCCGGUGCCUCUGAAGGAAAAGCAGGAGAAGCAGGAAAGGCUAACACAGGUGGGCGGAAUGGGGAGGAAGGAGCAGCAGGAGGCGAGGGAACGGGAGACGGGGUGCCGUUGGAGCGGUUACCAACAGCGUCGGCAUCAGACGUGGCGGUGGCGAUUAUGGACUUUGGCUCAACCACGCCUGCCAGGAGACACAUCUCUUCACGCAACCAGGCGCUGUCCUUACAGGAAUGGGCGGCGCAGCACUGUUCAGCGGCGUACCGAGCACCGGAGUUUUGGGACUGCCCGAGUGAGAUGGAGAUCGAUGAGAGGAGUGACGUGUGGUCGCUGGGAUGCACCCUCUAUGCCACUAUGUACGGGCAGUCUCCUUUUGAGUUCUCCCUAGGCGAGUCAGGAGGCAGCUUGCAGCUCGCAGUGAUGAGCGGCACCAUCAAAUGGCCCCACCCGCCCCUCCCUGCCUCCUCCUCCUCCGCUCCCUCCACUGCUUCUAUGGACGCUCCUAGCAAUAUGACCGCGACUGGAUUGUCAGGAGGUGAUUUUGCUGAUUUUUCUGCAGUGGGGGCAGCAGGAGGGGAGGUGGUGGGGUACCCUGCGUCGUUCCAUAGGCUGGUGGAGUGGAUGCUGCAGCAGGAUGUGAAGCAACGCCCGACGGCCGCACAGGUGGUAGAGAGAAUUGAGCAUAUGAUAGCUACACUGCCACCCUCGCUCCAAUGA